GUUCUUGUUUGUAAAUUCAUUUCUGUUUUGUCAUAAUUUUUGUGAUCUUUAGUUGUUCAUCAUAGCUAACUUGAUAGCAGUUUAAGAUUAAAAACAUUCAUGUAACAUACCCCAAAUUGACUUGUGUGAUUUUCUCACAUUAAAAUUAGCUUGUUUGAGAUUGAUUUUGAAAUAUGUAAAACCACUUUAAAGAACAUAAAAGCACUUCUUGUAAUGUUUAUUUUUGGUGAUUUUGGAAGUGAAUCUUUAGCAACCGCUCACUACAUGAGCGAACUAAUUUUGAGUGUGUUACUUGUGAUUUAUGAUUGUCCUUUUAUUUUAUUUUUUUUAAUUUCUUGAAGACCAAUAUAUAUACAUAUCGGAAAAAAUGCAAAUUUUGCAGAGAUUGAAGAAAAUUCUUCAAUGAAAAAGAUGAAUGUUGUGCGCAUGAUGUGAACUGCGAUUCAGCUUCCCCAAGAAAUAAGGAAUGAAGAAGCAAUUGAAUUAUAAGAACAACACCUGUAGAGAUGUCACUCUGGGGAGUGAUCUUUGGACUGAUGGACUUAUUUGUGCUUUUGAGUUUGUUCGAGGCCAUAGGAAGGUCCAGACAGCACAGAAAGUUGCUAGGGAGGUAGUGAAGAAGCAACCAAUUAACGAUCAACAUAAUUCCUCACACCAAAAAAUUUAUAGGAACUGUUUAUCUGAACCAUCACAUGAUCAACAUAGUUCCUCACCCCCAAAAAUUAAUCGGAAGUGCUUAUCUGAAUCAUCACAUGAUCAGAAUAGUUCCUUGGCUGCAAAAGUUAGUGGGGAAAAUCCAUGUGAAUCUUCAUCUGGAUUAGAAUCUAGAGUUGCUGAUAAUGGUAUGUUGGAUAACCAAAAUUACAAUCAUGACUGUCAUUCAGUCUGUUCCUAUGGCAGGGAAAGCCUCCCAAAAAGUUGUUGGAUGCCAAUUGGCUGGGCUAGAAUUUUUGAAUUGGUUCAGACAAUAAAAGCUGAUGAUGGUUGGGAUGCACAGCCUUUGGACUUGCCAGACGAUGAAGAUGGUAUUGCUGUAGCUGAUGUAGCAACUCCAUACUGGGAGCGGCCAGUUGGGCCCAUUUGGUGGUGCCAUGUCGAUGCAGGUCAUCCAUUCAUCAAUUCAUGGUUGAGUAGUGCUCAGUGGUUGCAUCCUGCUAUCUGUGCUGCUUUGCGAGAUGAAAGUAAGCUGAUCAGUGAGCGAAUGAAGCACCUUUUAUACGAGGUUCCUGUUAGGGUAGCAGGUGGACUAUUGUUUGAGCUACUAGGACAGUCUGCUGGCGAUCCAUUUGUUAAUGAAGAUGACAUUCCUGUUGUUCUAAGAUCAUGGCAGGCACAGAAUUUUCUGAUCACAGCAUUGCAUGUAAAAGGGGCUGCAUCAAAUCUUAAUGUGAUAGGAAUUGCAGAAAUUCAGGAACUUCUUGUUGCUGGAGGUAGUAACAUACCACAAAAUACUCAUGAAGUCAUAGCACAUUUAGCUUGUCGGCUAGCAUGGUGGGAUGAUAGGUUAUUUCGCAAGUACAUAUUUGGGGCUGCAGAUGAAGUUGAGUUGAAGUUUGUGGACAGGAGAACCCAUGAAGAUAUGCAUCUUUUCAGUAUAAUACUGAAUCAAGAAAUCAGAAGGUUAUCAAAUCAGGUUAUAAGAGUGAAAUGGUCCCUACAUGCUAGAGAGGAAAUUAUGUUUGAGCUUUGUCAACAUUUGAAAGGAAAUGCAGCAAAGGGCUUAUUAGAAGGUAUCAUUAAGAGUACAAGGGCAAUGAUUGAAGAGCAAGAGGCAGUUCGUGGUCGCUUGUUUACAAUUCAAGAUGUCAUGCAGAGCACUGUCCGAGCGUGGUUGCAGGACAAAAGCCUCACGGUUACACAUAAUCUAGGAAUUUUUGGGGGUGGUGGCCUUGUUCUUUCCAUUAUCACUGGACUUUUUGGGAUCAAUGUGGAUGGAAUACCUGGAGCUGAGGGGUCACCAUAUGCGUUUCUGGUGUUUUCUGGCAUCCUUGCCUUUCUAGGAAUUAUGCUGAUCGGAAUUGGGAUGCUUUAUCUUGGGUUAAAAAGACCCAUCACUGAAGAAGAUGUUGAGGUCAGAAAACUAGAGCUUCAAGAGCUGGUUAAGAUGUUUCAGCAAGAGGCAGAGUCUCAUGCACAAGUUCGGAAGACUGUUCCAUCAACCAACCAGAAUACUGCAUGCAGACUUCAGGAUGGUGCAGGCUAUGUCCUCAUCUGCUGAACACACAACUUUGCUAGUCUAUCCAUAUUACUUUCUGUUGUUAAUGAAACUCUUGUUCAUUGGAAUUUUGUAUUUUUGAGCACGUUAUUAUAUAUUCUUCUUGGUCACAAACAGUUCCAUGUAUAGGAAAACAGAACCAAAAUUUUGAUGGAAGACAUACAAUUUGCACUCGAUAAAUGUUCAUCACUAUUUUCAUCA